CACCCACAUGAUAAAGAGCCCUGAUGGACUGACUAACACAUGAGAGUGAACAGCAUAUUCAGGAAGCAGCAGCCAUCGUCAUGGACACUGAAGGAUCAAAGAGUUUAAACGUUGACCUGGAGAAACUGUUCACCAAGCAAGAGAGGAUUGGGAAGGGGUCGUUUGGAGAGGUCUUUAAAGGCAUUGACAAUCACACGCAACAGAAGGUCGCUAUAAAGAUUAUUGACCUGGAGGAGGCUGAAGAUGAAGUGGAAGACAUCCAACAGGAGAUCACAGUCCUCAGCCAGUGUGACAGCCCCUUCAUCACUAAAUACUAUGGCUCUUAUCUGAAGGACACACAACUGUGGAUCAUCAUGGAAUAUUUAGCAGGGGGGUCUGCUCUGGAUUUGCUUGGACCUGGAGCUCUUGAUGAGUCCCAUAUCGCCACCAUCCUCAGAGAGAUCCUGAAAGGUCUGGAUUACCUGCACUCCAAAAAGAAAAUUCACAGAGAUAUUAAAGCCGCUAACGUCCUGUUGUCAGAGCAGGGUGAUGUGAAGCUAGCGGAUUUUGGUGUGGCCGGGCAGCUCACAGACACACAGAUCAAGAGGAACACGUUUGUGGGCACUCCAUUCUGGAUGGCACCAGAGGUCAUUAGACAGGCAGAUUAUGACUCAAAGGCAGAUAUCUGGUCAGUGGGCAUUACUGCCAUCGAGCUAGCAAAAGGAGAGCCACCCCACUCUGAUCUUCACCCCAUGAAGGUGUUAUUUCUCAUCCCUAAGGAAAACUCACCCACACUGGAGGGAAACUACAACAAAGCUCUCAAAGAAUUUGUAGAUGCCUGUCUCAAUAAAGACCCCAACUAUAGGCCAACAGCUAAAGAGCUUUUGAAACACAAAUUUAUAAUUCGAUAUGCCAAGAAGCCAUCAUUCCUGGUGGAUCUUAUCGACAAGUACAAGAGAUGGAAAGAAAAACAGGCCCGCAAUGAGUCAAGCUCUGAUUCUGAAUCAGAUGAUGAUGAAGCAUCUGGAGAGUCUGUGGCUGAUGACUGGAUCUUUGGCACUGUCAUAGGACAAGAGCCCACAGUGAAUCAGAAUGAAGUCGUAAUAAAAGAAGAACCACACAAAGAGGUGCCAGAGAGUACAAAGAAGCCUCCGCCCAAGAGCAAAGAGUCUAUGUCCUCUAUUAUUUUACCAUUGUUUGCAGAGCUAAAGCAGAAGCAAGGUGUUUAUAAGCCGGCGGUGUUAGAGGAGCUGAAGCAGGCCAUGCUCCUGGCUGAAGAGACAUGUCCCGAAAUCACUGACUCAAUGGUCACAGGGGUGGUACAGAGAUUAAAGAGGUUUUCAUCUCAACACUGACUGACUCUCGGUGCCUCUGCAUGAAGACUCUUUCUUCUGUGGGUGUCUGUAUUAUCUAUUUUGUGCUUUGUGUGUUUUAAUAUGGUGGAAUUGUGAAUAAGCCAUUUACAAUCCCAGUUACUUGGUGUCUGUACAUAAGUGUAGAAAAUGUGGAUUGGAUUUGUUUAAGGACCCCAUGGAAUCAUUUGAUAUUUUGUUUUCCUCAAUAAUUCUUGUAAGAGAAAGAUUGGAAACGUAAAAAUAAUAAUAAUAAUAAUAAUUGGUCAGCUCAGCCUUUAAAUGCAUCAAAGCUCAGCUAUCUCAAGGGGUCUGUGUAUAUCAAAACUUUUUUUUUUUUUUUUAAACAGAGCUGUAAUUUGUGUAAUAAUAAAAUCACUAUUGUGAUUUACAGUAUGGACACAAUUGUCCUUUUGCUAGCAUUGCUCUUAAAGAUGUUUGAAAAAAAAGGCUGUAAUAUUAAAAUCACUUAUCACUUUUUUUUGCCCUUUAACAUAUUUGUAAUUCGUUAAUGGUGAUUUAUUUUAUACCAUAUCUGUACAAGUUUUAUGCCUACUAAUUCUAUUCUAUGCUGUGGCUAGUCUCAGCUUAGUUUUUUUUUUUUUUUUAUCUUUAUUGUAGCACCAUGCUAACAUGCUCAUGAAGAUUAAUUUAGGAAGAGAGCCAUGGUUUUCAUUUGUAUGGUCAGUUUUUUUCUAUUUAACUCAUUUAUGAUUAUUAGA